AUGUCCCACAGGCAGAAGCAUGAGCAAGGCCUUAAGGCCCAAGAAGAGAAGGAGGGCCAGCUCAGGGAGGAGGUUCCUGUAGCUAAGGAGGUGGGAACCCCAGAGGAGGUACCUGCUGCUGAGGUUUCCCAGGAAACCUGUUCAUCCUCUGCUCCCAUCCAAGCCACUCUACCAAGCAAAGCAAAUGAAGGUUCUGGCACUCAAGCAGAGGGAGGUCAAAGUACCUCAAAGGCCUACCAAUACUCCAAGGUCUUGCUCAACACUACGCUAUGGAAGAAGGUGACAGAGUUGGUGAAGUUUCUGAGUUUCAAGUAUACAGCAAAGGAGCCUGUCACAGAAGCAGAAAUUCUGAAGAAUGUUGUCAAAGAGUACAAGAACUACUAUGCAUUGAUCUUCAAGCAUGCCUGUGAAUGCAUGGAAGUGGUUUUUGGCAUUGAAGUAAAGGAAGUGGAUGCUCUCAACCACUCCUACGAGCUCCUUAAAAUACUUGACCUCACCUAUGAUGGGCGAAUGAGCGAUGAUGAGGGCCUACCCAAGACAGGCCUCCUGGUGUUUAUUCUUGGUGUGAUCUUCAUGGAGGGCAACCGGGCCUCUGAGAAGAAGAUCUGGGAGGUGCUGAAUGUGGUUGGUGUGUAUCCUGACCAGCAUGAUUUCAUAUGCGGAAAUCCCAGAAAGUUCAUCACUGAAGAUUUGGUUUCAGAGAAGUACCUGGAAUAUCAGCUGGUACCUGGCAGUGAUCCUGCAUGCUAUGAGUUCCUCUGGGGCCCACGGGCCCAUGCUGAAACCAGCAAGAUGAAAGUCCUGCAAUUUUUCUCCAAGAUUGCUGGGAAUAGCCCCACUUCCUUCACAGCUUUGUACAAGGAUGCUCUGAAAGAUGAAGAGGAGAGAGCCCAGGCUUUACCUGCCUCUGUAGCCAUUCCAGCUACCCCAGACAGCUCAGGUUCUGGGGACAAGCCCAGAAGCUUCUCCCACCUUGAGUAA